AUGAGUCAACCACCGCACGACAUGGGUGGUGGUUAUCACGAUUACACAGGCAAUCACAGUCGGUCGCCGACGUCGUCACGACAAAACUAUGGAGCUGGCUUCUCGUCAGGUCUGAGUUUGCCUCGCCAACCGCAGCGACCUUUUGAAGUCCCCCUGGGCUCUUCAGCGCUCUACCCUUCGGACAGAAUAGGCAGCGGAUACAAUCCCAGGUCGAUUGACAACACGUGUGGGCAUGGUGGAAUGCCUGCCGGCUACAUGAUGGACAAUGGCCAGUCAUGGAACUACAGCUCAGUCGGCGUUGCUACCGUCAACGGGGCCAUCAAUGGAUCAAAUCGCCAGAGGAGUGUCAACCGCCGAGCCGCGUUGCCUCAAACCUGGACAGAUCAAGCCUCCAUGGGCAUGCCUGGCAGCGGGCUCCCGUCGUUCUCGGGUGGUUUGAAUGGGGGGCAAUUGCCUAAUGGUGGACUUCGUGUUGAUCAUGGCCAGGCUCAUACGUCACCAGACCUGCGCUCAACUGCCUCGGAUGGCGACCAGCUCAUUCCUACCGCAAUUGUGAUCAAGAAUAUCCCUUUUGCUGUUCGAAAGGAAACGCUGGCCUCAAUCAUGCUCGACAUGAAUUUGCCUCAGCCAUACGCAUUCAACUAUCAUUUUGACAGUGGCGUCUUUCGGGGACUUGCCUUUGCCAAUUUCCAGUCUGCCGAAGACACCAGGGUGGUUAUCGAGGCCAUGAACGGCAUGGAUGUCCAUGGACGAAAGCUUCGAGUCGAAUAUAAGAAAAUGCUUCCAGAAGCUGAGCGAGAGCGUAUCGAACGAGAAAAGCGAGAGAGACGUGGACAACUCGAAGAGCAGCACCGUGCUCCAAUUCUCCACCAGCAGAGCUCGAUUCAAUCGCUGGGUGGCGUGUCGCAGCCGCAGCAGCGAACACCGUCGUCUCACUUGGGAGACGUUGAUUUGAACGAUCCCCAGAGCCUUGAAUUUUACACGGAGCUGGUCAUGUUCAAACGGGAUGAUGGUCGUGAGAUACUGGUUUUCCCUGCCGGAAUUAGCCCAGAACACCGACGAUCUAUCCAUAUACUAGCUCACCACAUGGGCCUGGAGCAUCAGUCCAUUGGUGAGGCUGAAUCUCGCCAAAUCACGGUGUUGAAGCGACAACAGCCGUCUCCCACGACCAACAUCCAAAACGUUCCAGCCAACGGCCUCGAUGUGCAUAAGCGAGGGCUGAGCCGGGCAGCAACCUUCGAUUUCGCUGCAGACCGGGAUUCUCGAGCCGCAGCUCAUAAUUAUUCUCACGUCGUGGGCAGACCAGGUCCCACGUUGGAGCUUCCAGGGAGCCCCGAUGGCGGCAGCGGUGUUCCUAAUAAUUUACGCACAGCCAAGAGCUUUGCUGACCUCAGGUCUUUCACGCCCAGUCCUUCGCAAGCCCCCAACUAUCUUGCGCCAGGCGGUGGAAUGAGCACCGUGGUUCCCGGCUCCACCACUCGGUUCGGAGACUACCAGCCUGGCCACCCUGGCAAUCCGGGAACACCAGGUCCCAAGGGUGACGGCCUCAUUGCAGGUCUCAGCGCGAUGAACCUCAACCCCUAUGACUCGAACCCGCUACAAUCGCAGGGCAGGAGCGCACCGGGUGCUAUUGGCAGCCAGCGACCCGGCAUUGCUAGUCACAAUAAUAAGGGUGCUCCUGAGAGACAGCCCCGUGGACCCGAGUGGGAAUCAGCUAGUGGCUUUGCUGGCCGCGGUCGGUCCAACGGACAUAUGCAGCGAGGUAGUGAUUCGUCCGACAGUGGUGCCCGUGGCGGCUCCAACCCAAACGGUUCCUCGAGAUAUCACUAA